AUGUUUCGCGUUGAUGUGCACGAUCACAAGGAGCAUACGGUGUCGGCUUUGCCGGGAUGCAACUAUUUCCGCACGAAGUUUGUGGCUGCGGAAGCGUCCACUUCAAUUCGGCGGCGCUGUUCUGGACAAGGCGGGCAUACAAGCCAGCCGUUCUCGUUGGCAAGCAACUUGCUGGGAGAGGUCUUAAAUUUAGAAUAUGGAGUGCAAUUCACCCGUGAUUGGAAAAUCGGCCACAGUUUCGAGCGCUCCGUCGAUAUGCAAAAUCGCCAGACGUGCAACACAUUGCUCGUCGCUUGCGCAGAGCGCGUAGAUGCGACAUCGGAAAUGGAGUUUAUCCUUCGCAUGGAUAUAGAGCGGAUUUGUAUGUUCAUAUCUCCUCAUGUUCAUGUACAUUCACAGCCUGUUUAUGAGAACAGUCCUGGACUUCCGAUUUCUGCUCAGGAAGAUGCGCUGACAUGCUCAACCUGUGGGAACUUGUACGAAGUCACCGGUUCGUUCAGUUCGGAGGCUCCCGAGGGCACUGUCCAUCUCAGACACAGGUUGAGCAGCAGUCGCAGUAAAGGUGGCCCCGUCUUCAUUUCUUUCAGACAUCUGUGCUUCGAGCAGCGAGGGCAAACUGUCUCCUGGCGGUUCUUCGCGCAGCCCCUCUGUCUUCCACGCGCUGAUUUCGGGAUCCGUACCAUUGGACACUGGUUAGCUCCGCAAGUAAUUGGUAAAACGGCUUUGGUUCUGAUCAACCCCGUCCUCAUCGUCAUCUGUCUGGUCAUCUUGUAUUCCGAGGGUUUGGUUUUCUUGAGCAACUCGUCUACCAAGUUAGAAACUCUGAUGUAUGAGGAUGCCCCGCAUCUCCCCUAUUUUGAGACCAUAUCGGGUGCUGUCAACGAUUAA